AUGGCCGCACGAAAGGAGUCGAUUGUCACCUCCACGAAGAGGAAGCGCUUUAGCGCCGCCGGCAUCACGCCGAAGGCGCUCAGGACCGCCGACAGGUUCGCAAGCGCCGAUGGCUCGGAGCUCGUCGCCACCGUGCGACGCUGGGGCACCACCUUCGGCGUCUUCGAGGAUGGCUCAAAGACGGAACCACUCUGGCAAAUUCAAGUCGUUCAAGGAGGGCGGCAAAGUUUCGGCUACAACCUUCUCGCCACGUGCAGAGAAGCUCUACAAGACUACCCCGACGACAGCAUCCGAGACCUGGCACAACUAGAAGCCCAGAUGCAUAUCAAAGUCCUCGUAGGAGCCCCCGCCACGACAGGGGCUUCAGAUCCCGACGACGUCGGCAUACAGGAUUGGCAGCCCGUGCUGUACGCCCCCACGCCACAGGCCGGCCUGGACCUCGUCGCCUUCAUCGUCCGCCACAAGGUGAAAUCCGGACAGCUGCUCCAGCUACCGCACUUCAUCGCCCUAUUCCCACGCGAGGACAUAGCGACCGUACCGAGUCCCUGGACAGUACACGAAGAACACCCCUUGCAGCAGGGCCCUUACCAGGCACUCCCCGCCCGCGGCCGGCGUCAUGUCCUGCUGCAAGUGGAACUGCAGCCUCCGGCCGACGAAGAAGCCAGCCAGCAAACACCCGUCGGCCCACACCCCAAGCAGGAGUACAGUCUCAUGAUCUUCGGCAACAUCUACAGCUUCCGCGAGCUCUUCGACGCCGCCAACAUACAAGGCGGCACCGUCAAGGCCCCGGACAGUGAGAAAAGCGAGUACGUCCGGCACCUGAAGCUGAAAUGUUCCGAAGACCACACACAGCGGCUCAAGAACAUCUUGGAACAGGUUCUGCUGAAGACCCCAGUCUACCUGAUCGACAGCACGGAGACACCGGCAGAUCCCCUGAUCAGCUGGCUCCAAGAGCAGCCGUCCGUGUACCUAGGCGAACAGCCCAAGUAG